UUACGGUCACACAGUGUUAAAGCAAACAGAAAUUCCCACGCUGCUCGCAUUCGCGAUGUUGUUUUUUUGUCCAUCGUGCGGCAAUAUUUUGAUUAUUGAAGAGGAUACCUCAAGCCACAGAUUCACUUGUAACACUUGCCCGUAUAUAUCGAAAAUCAAUCGCAAGAUAUCCACCAAAACAUUUCCGCGCCUCAAGGAAGUUGACCACGUGCUGGGUGGCAUUGCGGCCUGGGAGAACGUUGACUCAACGGACGCCGAGUGCCCGGCGUGCUCGCAUAAACGUGCCUACUUCAUGCAGAUUCAAACACGCUCAGCUGAUGAGCCGAUGACCACAUUCUACAAGUGCUGCAAUCAUCAGUGUGGUCACAACUGGCGCGAUUAG